AUGUCUGAAAGUAAUGAAUUGAGAAAGCGUCAAGCUGAAUUUACUAAAGAAUUGCACGGUAAUAACGUGACCAAGAGUGGGUUCUCUGCGUUGGUUUCCAAGAACAAAUCUGCUCAAACGGAGGCUGUGGCCAAGUAUUUGAAGCAUUGGGAUGGUAAGACAGACGCUGAUGCUGAACGUAGACGUCUAGAGGACUAUAACGAGUCCACGCACUCUUAUUACAACGUCGUGACCGAUUUUUACGAGUACGGUUGGGGUUCCAGUUUCCAUUUCUCGCGUUUCUUCAAAGGUGAAUCUUUCUCGGCCAGUGUUGCCAGGCACGAACAUUACUUGGCUUACAAAGCCGGUAUUAAGGAAAAUGAUUUGAUACUUGACGUUGGAUGUGGUGUUGGUGGACCAGCACGUACCAUUUCCCGUUUCACUGGUUGUAACAUCAUCGGGUUGAAUAACAACGAUUACCAAAUCCAAAAGGCAAACUAUUACGCCAAGCGUGAUCAUUUGGACUCUAAACUAUCUUUUGUUAAAGGUGAUUUCAUGAAGAUGGAAUUCGACGAAAACACUUUCGAUAGCGUCUAUGCCAUCGAAGCCACAUGUCACGCACCAACUUUCGAAGGUGUCUAUGGUGAAAUCUACAAAGUCUUGAAGCCUGGCGGUACUUUUGCCGUUUACGAAUGGGUCAUGACUGAUAAGUACGACGAAACUAAUCCAGAACACCGUAAAAUCGCUUAUGAAAUCGAAUUGGGUGACGGUAUCCCAAAGAUGUAUUCUGUCGAUGCAGCACGUGACGCCCUAUCUAAAGUCGGUUUCGAAAUCUUGGAAGAGAAUGAUUUAGCUGACAACGAUGACGAGAUACCAUGGUACGCUCCCUUGACCGGUGAAUGGAAAUACGUCAAUUCCGUAGCAGAUUUGGCCACUUUCUUCAGAACCUCUCGUCUCGGCCGUGCCUUCACCACAUCCAUGGUUACUGUCUUCGAAAAGUUGGGUUUGGCUCCAAAGGGUUCCGUAUCAGUGACUAACGCAUUGGAAGAAGCUGCUGUUGGUUUAGUAGCCGGUGGUGAGAAGAAACUUUUCACCCCAAUGAUGUUGUUCGUGGCCAAAAAGCCAGAACAAAAAUAG